GCAGCUGAGUGCAUAUAAAACACAUUCGUUUGCGUUGUUUCGUUGCUGGCCUUUGGAUUUAUGGAUCAAUCAGAAGUCAACAGCUCUUCUGAUGAACAGCUUCAUCGCAAGGCGUGGCGUUCCACUUCGGAUGUAUUCGGACAACGCCACCAACUUCGUCGGGACAAACAACCUACUCAAGGAGCUACAGAUGGAGUUCUCGAAGCAGCAGGAGAAACUGCAGUUGUUCGCGUCGGAGAUGGGGAUGGAAUGGCACUUCAUCCCUCCUCGAGCCCCACAUUUCGGAGGGCUGUGGGAAGUCGCGGUGAAAUCCGCAAAGCAUCUCCUCGUCCGGCAAAUGGCCAACGCGUCACUGGCAGAAAGCGAGGUCAGAGCUCAUCUGGCAGAUGUCGAGGCCAUUCUCAACUCGCGGCCUCUCACUCUACUCAGCUCCGAUCCCAACGAUGGCGAGGCUCUAACGCCGGGCCAUCUUCUAAUCGGGCAAGCCAUUCGUUCGCUGCCGCAAGGAUCCGUGCCAGACAGGCCCAACAAAGAGCUGACGUAUUUGCGACGGUGGCAAAUGUUAUCCACGCUCAGACAGCGGUUUUGGCUCGCGUGGUCGAAGGACUACAUCCACAACCUCCAAAUCCGCACCAAAUGGAAGUCUCCACAGCCCGGCUUGGAGGUCGGAUGCCUCGUCCUGGUUCACGAGGACAACACGCCACCUCAGCGGUGGAUAACUGGAAGGGUCGCAGGCGUAACCCGAGGAACAGACGGCCAAAUACGGGUGGCCGAAAUUAGAACGGGCACUGGCACAUUCAAGCGCCCAAUCCAUAAAUUAGCACGGUUGCCAGUGAUUUGAAAUCCCACGUCGGGUAUUCCAAGGUGGCCGGUGUUAAAUCAAGCGCCUUGUCCCACUGUAAGCCUGCUCAGCCUAACUGAGCAGUUACAUUUACUCUCAAUCUUGCGCUCUUCUUUGCUACAGUUGUUACAUUUUAGUUAUAAGCUUUCGCUCAACUUUUGUUUUCCUUUAACUACUAAUGUCGGAAUAACCGGCAAACAAUAAAUUGUCACUCUCUCCUUUCGCAACUAGCAAACGAAUCAGACGUGUUUUAAUUUUGCGCAUCA